AUGACCACAGCCAGAGACACUUCCUCUCAAUCAGACAUCAGCAAGAUGAAGACAGAACCUGAUGGCUCGUUCAAACGACAGGCCUCUUCCUUCCGUAACACGAUUGAGAAAGGGGGGAAAUUCCCUCCCGAGCAAGAUCGUUACCAUCUUUAUGUUUCUUAUGCCUGUCCAUGGGCUACGAGAACUUUGAUUGUAAGGAUACUCAAAGGUUUAGAAGCCAUUAUUCCUGUUACUGUGGUAUCUCCUCACAUGGGAGCACAUGGCUGGCCAUUUGCGCAAGUCGAUCCAUUUCCCGCUGCAGACGAAGAUCCGCUGUACAAAUCCCAACACGUCAAGGACCUCUACCUGAAAGCCGAUCCUGACUAUUCUGGCCGCUUCACCGUUCCGGUCCUGUGGGACAAAAAGCAACACACAAUCGUCAACAAUGAGAGUUCAGAGAUCAUUAGGAUUUUCAACACAGCUUUCAAUGAGUUUUUGCCAGCUGAAAAGGCUGCUCUUGACUACUACCCGGAAGAUCUUCGCGCUCAGAUCGACGAGGUCAACGAGUGGGUUUAUCCUAACAUCAACAACGGUGUGUACAGGUCUGGAUUUGCCACCACACAAGAAGCCUACUCCAAGGCAGUUGUCGAAGUAUUUGAAGCUCUUGAUAAAGCCGAAAAGCUCUUGACUGGCAAAGACUAUCUCAUCGGUAACAAGCUUACCGAGGCGGACAUCCGACUCUGGGUGACCAUUAUCCGAUUCGAUCCUGUAUAUGUCGGACAUUUCAAGUGCAACAUUCGCACCAUCCGCGACGGUUACCCUGCCAUUCACAGAUGGAUGCAAAAAUUGUAUUGGGAGAACUCGGCCUUCAAAGAUUCAACAAACUUUGAACAUAUCAAGUCCCAUUACUAUUGGUCCCACACCUCGAUCAACCCUACCCGGAUUGUCCCUGUUGGGCCCAUACCCAACGUCCUCCCAUUGUAA